AUGCCGUUGCUGUUGCUUGUUUUGUUUGGUUGUUUUGCGGGCACAAUGGGGAAGGUUGUGGACAAGAAUUGCAAACAUGAUUUUGUGAAUUGCCCGCAGGCUCGGCGUUGGCCAUAUUCUGACAUGUCAGCUCAGCUUCUUGGCGAUGCGUGGCAGGGGUGGCAGGCUGCGGCCAAUGGUACUUGCUUUGCCCCAAAAUCGUACGUUGGCCACUGCGACCGGCAAUUUGAUGGCCUGGCCAACAUGCCGGAUGCGCGCAAAAAGGAGUUGCAAGCCAUGUGUGUGAACCGACCGCUACUUGAAGCAAUGGCCAUGCGAUACAUGCGUUUUGGAUUGGGAAGGUGCAAUUUUCGGUGGCCGUGCAAUGGCGAAUGUCAGCAGGCGACAUGCUUCGUGAAGAUUUGCGCGCUUGCUGGCUGCAAGAUUCUCAGUGGAGAGGACGUGUUCUCGCAUCAGGAGAUUGCGGCGAAGUGCGGCUUGUCCUGGCCAUGUGCCCCGCAAUGCGACGAAGACUUCAGCGCCGAGUGUCCAACGGUAGGCGCCGACCCUGGCCCCGUUCCAGUACACAGGCCCAUGUGA